AACACAUUUUUCAUGAAAAUUAUAUAGAAUUAUGCAUAUUUAUUGAAUCAAAUAGUAUAAAACCUUUUAGUAUAUAUAUGGAAUAAAAUAAAAAGGGUGAAUUUGUAAAUAUUAUGAUAGUGGAUAAAGUAGAUCUGAGUAGUGGAUGAAUACUAGACAAAAAAAGAAAAAUUAGGCAUUUUAAUUGAAUCAAACAAUAAAAUUUCAAUGGUAAAUACAAAUACUAAAGAGAUGCGUUCGUAAGUGUUGAUAGCUGUCAAAUUAAAUCUGAUUUUGAUUAAUGACAUUUGACAAUAAACAAAAAAAGAAGAAAAAUGUGGUACGUUUAAUAAAAUUAUUACUUAAAUGAAAAAGUUUUGAAUAUUUACAAAUGAAUGAAAAUUAUUUAGAUAGUGUGAGGCAGUCGCUUUACGAUCGUAAGAAUUACAGAAAAGAUUCAAACGAAGAGGAAUUACAAAUAAAAUCGAAAACGAAGCGAAUACAAUAUGGAGGUCAUUUUUUGAAAGGUAAAUCGAAAAAAAAUGUAAAGUUAAACAACACCGAAAGUGAAGAUUUGUUCGAGGUAUCUGAUAAACAUGGUGCUAAAAAGAAAAAAAAGGCCAGAAAAAAUACUAUUGUAGAUUUCAAUUUAUCACCUUCAACGUCGGAAAAUUCCGUUGUUUUUAAGAAAAAAAUUAAAAUCGGUUCAAAAAAACGGAGAAAAGCAUCAAAAACCGAAUUGGAUUCAGAUGAAAGUUUCGAUUUUAAUACAUAUUGUAGUUCAAGAGAGCAUAGUUUUAAUGAAUCCUUAAUAGAACCACAUAGUGGAAUAGAUUAUGAAUUUCCAAAAUCUAGUAAAACUCGUGGAAAAAUAAAGAGUAAAAAGAUAAACGAGAAAAAGAACGCGAAAAAAUUUGAAAAAAUUAUCAAGUCUACUAAAUUGAUUAAAAAAACGUCUAACAAAAAAAAAGAUUCUACUGAUUUUUGUAUAGAAAAUGAUAAUGGAGCUUGUACAAGUAAUUCAAUGUUACUAAAUGAACCGAUUGAGAUUGUCGAAUCACCUGAAAUGAUACAAAAUGAAGUACAAGAAACUCCAAAAGUGAAUUUCUUAUGUUGUGAUAGCGAAGAAGAAAAAAUUGUGCUUCUUGAAGAAAACCACUCAAUUGCAUGUUACGGUUUCUGUUUAUUAAAAGUUUUACAUGGAAAUUUGGAAAUUUUGGGUUAUAAUUUGCCAAAAAACCGCGAAAUUCCCUUAUUUUCUCCACGAGGAUCCUCCCUGUUAGUUAUUACAAACAUUACGGAUGAAAAAUCAAAUGAUACUAUAGAAAACAUUGAAAAAACACUGGAAAAAUUGAAUUAUCUCAAAGAUAUGCAAAUUAAGGAGACUACUGCAGUUUUUCUUUGCACAAAAGUAAAAUAUUAUGAUAUAGAAUUUAUAGAAAACCAUAUAUCUCAACAGAUAUUCCCUAAAGUAGAUAAUUUGAUUUCCCCCCGAAUUAUAUUUGAUCCUGAAGAACAGUUCAAUGUUAUUAAUAUCAACCCCGAUUGGGCGAAUAUCGUCGAUUCAGUAACUACCCUAACAAAGUUGCUUAUAAUUGGUGGUAAAGGUGUUGGAAAAAGUACGUUUUUACGUUAUACCAUAAACAAGCUUCUAACUAGAUUUGAUAGAAUAAACAUCGUCGAUUUGGACCCUGGACAAUCAGAAUUCAAUCUACCAGGAUGUAUUUCUAUUGUAAAUAUUACAGAACCCGUUCUAGGACCUAAUUACACCCAUCUUCAACGACCUGAAAGAUCGUAUCUAUCCAACAUCAACAUCGGACAUAACCCGAAAAAAUACAUAAAAUGCAUCAAACUAUUAAUGGAAAAUGUAGUACAAGAUGCACCUAUAGUGAUUAACUACAUGGGAUUCGUACACGGUAUAGGGAUAAACAUAGUUUCGUCCGCUAUAACCUUCAUCAGACCAACUGACGUAGUACAAAUCGAUAGUGUCAGUGGAAAAAAAAAUUUUAUAACCGACAUCAACCCUCGGAGUGUAGAAGCGCAUUGCGGUUUAUUCGGUGGGGAUUCGGCAGGGUUGGAUUUCAAAACUUUCAAAAUAAACUCGUCGUCGGAUGGUAUCAGCGGAUGGUCACUGGAACCUAGACAAGUACGAGAUAUGUGCGUUUUGUCUUACUUUGGAAAACUAAUUAACCAACAAACCGAUUGUUUAACUAGCGAAAAUGUUCCUGUUUUCAAAAUAAGUUUAUCUAAUAUAAAAAUCGUUGAUGAUCAAGGGAACGAGAUACCUGCGGCUGCCGUUAACGCGAAUCUCGUCGCUUUAUCAACUCAAAUAGAAAAUAAUGAAUUUUUCGAAAUAGUCGGUCACGGUAUUGUUAAAGGUAUCGAUAAUAAAACGAAAAUUUUAUAUUUAAUAACCCCGGAAACGUUCCAUGUAUUAAAAAAUGUUUUUUAUCUUGUACUUACCAGUGUGUAUUUACCACCUUCUGUUUACAUGACCCACAAAGAUAUUAAUGGGUGUAUACCUUACGUAAUGGACGGGGAAUACGAGUCGUUAGGACGAAUUACCAAACGAUCUUACAUACCAAUCAAUAAAAAAUAAAUGUAAAAUCUCUGUGGACAUAUUUUUUUAUUAUAUGUUAAAUAAAUAUUAAAAUUUCAUCAUGAAGUUUCAUUUCGUUUAAAUAAAAUAUUUAU